GCGGCGCUCGAGCGGGCGGUGGGGCCCGGCCUGGUUCAGGAAUGGCUCAAGAAGAGAUGGAAGUUGAUCUCCAGGUAGUGGCUGUUUACCCAGAGGGGAACCUCAGGCCAGGUUCCCCGGAGCCCUCCGGCCGUGCAGUGCUGCCAUCCCACGCUGCCGUGCUGGCUGAGGGAGGAGGCAGCGCUCCACUUCUUCCUGCUGAGGACGCUGCUGUCACACCAAACCCUGGUACAACACGGGAAGCAGCUGCAGAGCCCGUCCCGCCGAGUGCUGCCCUCGGGAGGCCGCAGAGGCUCCAGGGGACGGUGGAUCUCACUCAGCCCAUGCCGGUGCUGCAGCUCACACAGCGCCCGCAAGCGAGGAGAGCUCCCAGGCAACAGAGAGCUGGGGGUUCCCAGAGGACAGUCAGUGCCAGGGCAGCGUUGGACCAUUACUUCCAGCUCAGCAGGACCCAGGGGCGAGCUGUGGGACCGGUUCUGUUCCUGGGGCCCGUGCAGGUUGCGGGGGACAGCCAGGAGCAGAGCCCGGAUGAAGCAGCAGAAGUGAGCGACUCUGACAGCAGCACUGAGGAGGAGGAGGAGGAGGCAGUGGAGGCUCCAGCCCAGGAGACUCCUCCAGCAGCGACCUCAGGAGCUUCCAGUCAGGCCCAAGCAGAGCCACUUCAAGCUUUGUCUGGAGCUUCUGCAGAACAUGGAAGUCGUGAAGAUGAAGAGGCUGAAGUCCAGCAAAAGCAGAGAACUCCUCUGAAGGGAGCAGAGCCCUCAGUUGCUGCAGCAGCGCAGGAUGAGGAGGAAGGAGACACCUGUGCCAUCUGCUUUGAGCAGUGGACCAACGCUGGGGAGCACCGGCUGUCAGCACUGCGCUGUGGGCACCUCUUUGGCUACACCUGCAUUGACAGGUGGCUCAGGGGACAGGCAGGGAAGUGCCCUCAGUGCAACAAGAAGGCCAAGCGCUCGGACAUCGUGGUGCUCUACGCCCGCACGCUGAAGGCGCUGGACACCGCCGAGCAGGAGCGCAUGAGAAGCUCUUUGGAAAAGGAGAAGCUGUUGCGGAGGCAGGCGGAGCUGGAAUCUGCGCAGAGCCGUCUCCAGCUCCAGGUUUUGACGGAUGAAUGCAGCAAACUCCGCAGGCAAGUUCAGGAGCUGAAGGCCCUGGUGGCCCAGCACAAUGGGAGCACUUCACAGCAAGCCUGCAGCUCCCGGCCCUGCCUCCCAGGCAGCCUCCCCUCCAGCCAGAGCCAGCGCAAGUACCUCUUGGAGAAGGCGGUGUUGGUGUCUCAGACUGGGAACUGCCGGGUGAUGGCAUACUGCGACUUCCUGAGCUGCCUCGUGGUGUCACAGCCUUCUCCACAGUCCACUUUCAUUCCUGGUUGUGGUGUGAAGAUGAUGAGCCUGGCCAACAUGAAGAGCACUCAGUACGUCCCCAUCCACAGCAAGCAGAUCCGGGGCCUGGCUUUCGGCACUCGAGCGGAUGGUUUGCUGCUCUCUGCUGCUCUGGACGGCACUCUCAGACUCACCAGCUUGGCAACCAACACUGUGGUGCAGACAUACAACGCUGGCCGUCCUGUCUGGAGCUGCUGCUGGUGUCUCGAUGAUACCAACUAUGUCUACGCUGGACUGGUCAAUGGCUCUAUCAUGAUUUAUGAUCUGAGGGACACGAACUCUCACGUCCAAGAGCUGGUCCCUCAGAGGUCCAGGUGCCCCAUGGUGUCACUGUCCUACCUGCCCCGCAUGGCCUCAGCGUCGCUGCCUCACGGCGGGAUCCUGGCUGGGACCUUGGAAGGAGCCUGCUUUUGGGAACAGAGAGCUGGCAACUCCUACCGGCCUCAUCACCUGCCCCUGGAGCCCGGAGGCUGCAUCGACAUCCAGACAGAGAUCCACACACGGCACUGCCUGGCCACGUACAGGCCUGGUAAAAAUAACCCGUGCGUGCGUUGUGUGAUGAUGGAACUGACUUGCAGCCCACUGACAGAGGCCUCUGAAAAUGUGGUGUGUUCUAACCCGGUUCAGACUUUCAGUGCCGGGCCCACCUGCAAGUUGCUGACCAAAAAUGCCAUUUUCCAGAGCCCGGAGGAGGACAGGAGCGUCUUUGUGUGUGCUGGUGAUGAGGCGUCCAACUCUGCCCUGCUCUGGGAUGCUGGAAGUGGUUCCUUGCUGCAGAGGCUGCCGGCUGACCUGCCUGUGCUGGACAUCUGCCCCUUGGAAGUGAACCAAACCCACCUCCUGGCUACUCUGACAGAGAAGGUGGUGAAUAUCUACAGGUGGCAGUGAACUGUCCCUACACCUGCCACAUACUGUCCAAACAUGCUGCUGAUCAACGCUACACAACUGCUGCUCGUGCUGCUUACAGGAGACAGGAUCCAUUACGGCAUCUUUCUGGCAGUAGGCAGGAACUAGGAUGUGCUGGUGCCUGGAGCGAUUCCUUUCUUUCUCUGUCUUCCUCUUUAGGCCUGCCCUUCUUUCUUCUUCGGUCAAUUUUCUUUAGUUAAACUCCACAAGCUGCCUCAGCACAGCAGUAAUUCCUGGAGUGUCUCCAACAUGUGUUGCUGCACUUUUUUUCCACUGUGAAUACAGCACAGGGACUUGCAAAUCUCUGCUACAAAUGAAUAAUAGAAGAGGAACUUGAAGACCUGAAACUCCCACUGCACUUUCUGGUGGAGUCCUGCCGUGAUUAGUGGGUGAUGAAAAGGUGGUGAUGUUGGCAUCUGGUAGGCGUUCUGAUACAGUGACAGCAAGUUCACUGCUGUGGGGAACACACUCCCACCUUCUGUUUGAAGGUCUAGGGUCAGUUGGAACUUAUUCCCUGACAAAGACCGACCCUGUUUUGAGGCAGGGGAGAGGAGAGGCUUGGAAAAUCUACAGAGAACCUUCUUCUUUUGUGUUUGUUUUUUUUUCCCCAUGAGCAUAUAAUUUGCACUGUAAUGCCUUAAUUCUCUGCCUUCUCCUUUCCUUCCUCUUGUUCCUGCUGCACCUGCAAGCAAACUUGGGGCAGUUUGGUUGUGGAAGAUGAAAAUAGUACUGGAGGAGUACAGGUGAAGAGGAGGGAGAUGAUUCUUACACUGUUGGCUGCUGCAGUUUUCAGUGUCUCCCUUAAAGACAGGAAUGUAGUGAAACAGCCAGUACCUUGGAAAAGAAUGCUGGCUGCUCUUGUUGUCUGGGGAAGGGGAGUUGGGUUUUUUCUGUUUUGAGGAACUAUUAGAAGCUCAGGGAUUUCAUCAGCUUGCCUUUCACUGACUUUUGCCUUCCCAAGUCAUCGUUUCCAGCUCGCAGCUGGUGACAGAGAGCUUCCAGUCGUGUUUGUGUGAGUGUUGUGCAGCCAGUGGUUUGUGUAAAUGUGAGCCCAUGGCGUGGGGUCGCAGCCUGGGGAUGUGUGCUGGCCAGGGGGUUCUUAGCACCUUGCUGUAAAUACUCUGAGGGCUGGAAGAACGUUUAUCUCCAGGUCAGACCAUGAAGGAGGACUUGAGUUCCAUUUUCUCUGUAACAAAAGCAAACUUGCAAGGAUGUUGGAGGCUGCAGGACAAACUCCCUGUAUUAGAAGCUUAUCCCUCAGCACACCUCUGCCUCUGGACGUGCCACCACUUCAACUGCCAGGGUAAUUUUAUUUUUGAAAGUCUGGGGCUCGCAUAGUGUGAUCCUGUUUGUCUCAAAUGAGACUGUGAAGAUCUCCACUUAACUUUAUAUUUUUCUGUAUAGUGUUUUGUUCCUAUAUUUUUAUAUA